AUGGAGCUGCGCACGCAGACGCGCAAGGCUAAGGCCGAAGGCGAGCACACGCUAUCGCACGCGCGCACCCACCUCGACGCCGCCAUGGCGGCCUGGGACAAGAUGCCAAGCCACCGCUACGGCGCAGACGCGCUCAGGCUGGCCUUUUCGAGCAGGGGUGCGGUGCGCAUCUCCAAGAUCGGGUGUUUCGGCCUCGGAGACCUGGUCCAUGCGGUUGAAGACAGGGAGGGCGAAUAUAUCGCCCCCUAUAAUGUUUGUGCCUGUCGGGCGCAGCACGCGUUGGCGUUUGCGGUUCGGGCUGCGCUGGUGCGGAUCUACCGCGAGGAGCAGCACCAGGACCACGCCGGGGAGGAAACGGAAGAGGGGGAAAGGGAAACAGCGGCUAUCCGGCUCCUGUUCCAGGACCCCACCUACACCGACAAGUGCCGCGCCCUGCUGACCGAGAAGGGCGGCGAGGUCGUGGGGAGCUUCGGCGUGGGCGGCUUCGCCGAGGUCGACGAACAUACACUCGUCGUCUCGCUGAAUCCGUUCGCGCCCGUGCGCGAGAUCAUCGCCGAUGUCGCGAUGCCGGCCGCCAUGCUGUGGAGGCCGUGUGUCAGCGAGGAAUCGGAGGAGAGGGGCCCGGGCUGGUAUGUGCGGAAUGCUGACGGGGUGGCGGUGUGGCAUAGGCAGUACAUGGAUGAUCCGACGACGCCGCGGGUCCGGAGGCUGUGUGAGGGCUAUAUCAAGAUCGAUAUCCCGGAGGACGAGCAUGGUUAA